AUGAAGAAACAGUAUAGGAUUGCGGUCCUUGGUGCUACGGCUUGUGGUAAGACAUCGUUGAUUCGGCGAUUUGUCUCCAAUGAUUAUAGCGACAUCUACGAUCCGACUAUCGAAGACCGCUUCAAAAAAUCGUUAUUAUUUCAAGGAUCUAUGUCUUAUCUCGAAAUCGUGGACACAGCAGGAAGAGAAUUGGUGAGUGAGAUGUUAUCACGGUAUAUUUCCUCCGCGGACGCAUUCAUUGUGGUUUAUUCGGUUGGAAGCAGGAAGUCUUACGAAUAUGCGUUGUCUUUAUUCUCACAAAUAGCAAGGAUGCGAGGGGUCAAUUCGAUUGCUCGAAUGUUAGUGGCUGCCAAAUGUGAUUCCGACUAUCGAGAAGUGUCCCCACAAGAGGGGAACACGUUAUCAGCUCAACUUCGUUGUUCAUUUGCUGAAGCGAGUGCGAGAAUGAAUAUUAAUGUGCAUGAAAUUUUCGAGGAAAUGGUCUCACAAUUGAGGUACAUUGAGACGAUGUCGAAACGAAAUAAACAACUUCAACGGAACUCAAGACAUCCGCUAUGUUGUUUUCUUUGA